AUGAUCGUACGUCGACGAUCAAAGAUGAAGUUACACAAUAGUAUUGAGAAGUUGAUUCGACAAAACGAAGAGUUGUUGCGUAAGAAUGGUUCAUUGCAAAAACAAGGACGAAUGCUAGUGGAGGAGAAGAGUGAAAUUAUCAAACGUCUUCAGCAAACCGAAGAAGCCAAUUUCAAGUUGACUAAACUGUUCAAGGAUGCCUCUCGGCAAUGCAAAGAUCUACAACAAAGCCAGCUGGAAGAGAACGAUAAUGCGCCAAGGUUCACACUAGCUGAGUUACGUGAAGUGCUACAAGAGAAGAAUUUACUGAAAGGAAAAGUGCUCGAGCUUGAAGAAGAGCUGGAUCAGUUACGUCCUUCGAGAAGACCUUGCUCGGUGGAUAGCACCACGAAUCAGGAUUCCACUGAAACUAAGCCAUCCGAUUCCGAAGAGUACGUUGUGUAUGGUCCAAUCAAUAAAGAGCCAGAAGAGAAACUUUAUCCGUGGAAAUACGAACGGAAGGACAGUGGCGUUCGUAAAUUUUUCCGCUUCUUCAAAGAAGGUUUGAACAGUGGUGCGUACAGCCCUGGUCAUGGAGGAUCAAGCAGUCCCGUACCGUCCACGAGAACGAUGUCUUCCUUAUCAAGCAUCGCACAGUCACCGCGUUAA